CAGCAGCAACAGCAGCCGAACAUCAUCGCCGCGCUCGGGAAUGCGUUCAAGACACAGACCGGCGACCCCCUCCCGGGCGAGCACAUUGCGCAGCUGCUCAUCGCGAACAUGAGCCAGCUCGGCGAGCUUGCGAAACAAGGCAAAUUGUCCCAGCAGCAGAUAGUCCAGUUGAAACAAUACGCGGACAAGCACAAAGCAGCCGCGUCCGCCUCGGCUGCGGGUACUUCUACCUCGCAGGCACAGCCCGCGAGCCAGCCCGCGGCCGCGAACCCCGCGUUCAAACACGCGAGCCCUAGCCCCUUCCUCGGCUCGACCCCCGCGACGGCGACGCCCAUCCCCGCGACGCUCCCGACGACGACGCAGGGCGCCGUGCAGUGGCAGCCAGCACAACAGGGCCGGCCGUCGCUCACAGGAGGUGUCCCGAGCGGCCGCGUCGCAGGCGCGCCGCCGCAGGUCGCGAAGCCGCAGGACGACACGACGGUGCUAGCGCUCGACGACAACCGGUCGCGGCGGAAGAGUACGCCGGGCGACCAGAGCAUGCGCCGGUCGAUACAAGACCUGGUCUCGAGCAUCGACCCGAACGUGAAGAUUGACCCUGAAGUAGAAGACCUCCUGUUGGACAUCGCGGACGAGUUCAUCGACUCAGUCACGAACUUUGGGUGCAAACUAGCGAAGCACCGCGGCGGAGAUACGCUCGAGGUCAAGGACCUCCAGCUGCAUCUCGAACGCAACCACAACAUCCGUAUCCCCGGCUUCGCCUCCGACGAGGCGCGAAUAUCGCUGUCACAGGCCGCAAUCGCGCCUGUCGCUGGCGCAUCCGGCACCACGAAGAAGGGUGCGCAGAACGCGCAGAUGACGCUUCGCAGCCACCGCCUCUCUCAGGUGCAGUUCGCCAAGAAGGAGGCGAAGCUCAUGUAGGGCCCGCGGACUGUUGUGGUAUCGUUUGCGCUUUCGUUCCGUUGUCAUUAUCUGUCACCACGCCGCAUUGUAGUAUUGUAUAUGUAAUCUAGUGUUUUAUAUCGAGGACAGUUCCAUUAUCAAUUUCCCCCAGAGAAAGACCGCUUAUAUGCUAUCUGGAUCCUCUACGGCUUCCACGUCCCCUUCUUAGCAUUCUCCACAACGCUCUUCGCGCUCUUCUGAUGGUCGGCGAUCGGCAGCGUCGUCGAGUUCUUUGCGCCCCCCGCCUGUUCCUGCAGAGCCGCUCCCGCGUCCGUCGCGUUCAGCGACCCCUCCGGAGCUGGCGGGGGCGCCGCACGGUUGCUGUCGAUGUUGAGGACGCCCUCGUGCUGCCUGCGCAUCUCCUCCUGCGCCACGUACGGGUCCGACAUGUUGAGCGACGGGUCCGGGCGUGCCGGCAAGAGCGCGUUCGAGUUGACGCCGAAGGUGUGCGGCCCAAAACCUUUCGCGAGGUCGAAGACGCGUUUCAUGAGCCGGUCCGAAUGGAAUUCUUUCGGGAUGUUUUUCGCGAGAUCGAAGACGCGUUUGACGGGCGUUGCGAAGUCUCUCGUGUGCUGGACCACGCGCCGGAGGAGACCCCCGGGUAGACCGCCCGUCGACUGGGCCGUGGAGGGCUGCAGGUUGGCAAGCAUGUCGUGCGCAGCGUACGAGGUCUUGAAGCGCGACUCGCCCAGGGCGUGGACGCCUCCCCCGGCGAGGUUGCUCACGCUCGCCAUAUUGGGAUGAACGGGGAUGCGGUUCGUGUUCGCCUUCGAGACGUCACCGACGGCGAGCGGGGGAGCAGCAGACGCCGGAGCAGACUCAGAGGCAUACGAGGCGUCAGGAGCAGCGUCAGCGAGGUCGCCAGAGGGAGCCGCAGCGUCGGAGGAGACGUAGUCCGGGUGAAGGCGGUUGGCCUCCCAGUUAUCUUCAGAGCGGCGGGUGAGCGCGGCAGGAGAGCCGGUGGCGGGAGUAGCCUCGACGCCUUGGACGGGCACUUGGAGCAAGGUGACGUUGUGGUUGACCCCGUAGUCAGCCUGGCGGAAAUCGGCGCGAGGGAGACGAGACAAUUUGUUGCUAUUGGAGAGAUGGUUCGUUGAGAAGUCUUUGCUUCCCGCAGGCACUUUGGGCAUAGCAGGCAAGGUAGGCAGAGGGGGGUUUGCGAGUUCAGGCGGCCCGUUUAAUUCCAGGGUGAUUUGUGAAAAGACGGGUACAGCCUCGAACGCGGUGGAGGUCGCGAGAGGCGCAGCGGAGAUAGGGAGGAUGAGCGCGGUUGCGCAGACGGCGGAGAGAGUAGAGACACGCAUAUCGAGAAGGAUAGACAGAGAACGAGUGUGAGGAAGAGAUCGUGAGAGUUCGUGAGGCCUGUGGGCGUGUGGUAGCUGUCGCGGCGAGCGG